GACAAGUCCAACAUGGUCUGUGGCAAGGGUCGUCGAGGAAUAACACUGAAGCACAUUUUGACACUUCAUUUACAACAUGUCGCGGCAUAGAGAUGUUAGGAAAUUAGAUUAUGACGAAGAAUAUAACCAAGCAUAUGACGAAGAUGUUUACGGCCAUUCAGUCGAUGAUGGUGACUAUGGGGUGUCUCCAGGAAUGGAGGAAUAUAUAUAUAACAGAAGCCGAGACAAUACACAAGGUUUUGGCUUAUAUUUCCCAACGGGAGAAGACAUAAAGGAGGAAGAGGAGGCUGUCAAUGGCACCGCUCGCAAGUCAGAAUCUCUACAAAGAAGUCGCCAUGAUUCUUCAAGUUAUGUCAAGCCACUUCUGUCACCUGAAGAUGAGGUUCGCUUAGCAUCCAUUCUGGAUGAAUUGAGGAAUAUCCUGGGUGACAAAUACAGUGAAGGAGAACUGACAGAAACAGUCUUAACACAUAAGUUUGAGCUGGAUGCUUCCCUCAAUGCUCUCCUCAACAAGACAUCAUCACCAGCCACAGCACAGUCACUCCCACAGAGAGAAAAGCGUGUUAGAAGCAGAGAUAAACCUUUCACAGCCUCAGAUGGUGUGAAGCAGCUCACACUGUCUCAUAACCAUCAUCGAGAUUAUAAAGGUGAAUCAGCACAAAGCUGUAAGGCCCCAUCAUCUGAAGCAUCUAAACUUCCCAGACAACCUGCAGCCCCUAUAGUUGUGACCACACCAGCAAAAGGUGGCAGUACUCCUCGGGUGGUGCGUGGCUUCAACGUUCACGAUGCUGAGGAGAGUGGAGCAGCAGAGAACAACCUUGGCAGCCAGGAGCGGGAGUCCAAACGGUCUCGGUCGAAUACUCCCGUACGUGGGUGGAAGGACAAAGACAAAGAGAGAGAUAAAGAUACACCAACAGUGACCAAGACUCCUGCUAAGAUUAGAGAUAAGGCAGUGGAUGUUUUGACGGAGUAUAAGGAGCAGCGAGGGAGUGGGAAAGACCUUCUUAACCUUGUGGUUGUUGGUCAUGUUGAUGCUGGCAAAUCUACGCUCAUGGGUCAUCUCUUGUACCUGCAGGGCAAUGUUGGGCAGAGAACUAUGCACAAGUACGAACAGGAGAGCAAGAAAGUUGGUAAACAGUCAUUCAUGUAUGCCUGGGUGCUGGAUGACACUGAUGAGGAGAGAUCUCGAGGAAUAACGGUGGAUAUUGCUCAAAGAAUGUUCGAGUCCGAAUCCAAAAUAAUAACACUUCUAGAUGCUCCAGGACACAGAGACUUCAUCCCUAACAUGAUAACGGGAGCAGCUAGAGCCGAUGUUGCCGUUCUAGUCGUUGAUGCGUCCAAAGGGGGAUUUGAAGCAGGGUUUGAGAGUGGUGGGCAGACAAGGGAACACGCAAUUCUUAUACGCUCUCUAGGUGUUUCUCAGCUGGCCGUCUCUAUAAACAAAUUAGACUCCGUUGAAUGGAGUGAAGAACGGUUCAAGAAUAUAAAACAUAAUCUACGGCAAUUUCUCAAGACCGUUGGCUUUAAGGACGCGGACGUAGUGUACAUUCCGUGUUCAGGUUUGACCGGAGAAAACCUUGUGAAGCCCAGCACAGAGGAGAGGUUAUGUUCCUGGUAUAAAGGCCCAACUCUUCUGCAGGCAAUUGAUCAGCUAAAAUUACCAGAGCGUGGCAUUUCCCGCCCAGUGAGAAUGUGUGUGAAUGACGUUUAUAAAGGCCAGGGGUCGAACAUGUGUGUAAGUGGACGACUUGAUACUGGCUACGUUCAGAAUAGUGACCGACUGCUUCUGCUUCCUCAAGGAGAUGUAAUUACCGUCAAAAGUGUGCUGGCAGACAAUAGUGCAUCUGCUACAGCUUUUGCUGGUGAUCAUGUGACACUAACAGUCAGUGGUGUUGAUCCCAGUGUGCUCCACAUUGGUGACUUUUUGUGCGAUCCAACCCAUCCCAUUCCUCUUGUUACCCGAGUACAAGCUCGCAUUGUUGUAUUCAAUAUCACAGUACCUGUGAUUAAAGGAGCACAGGUUGAUUUUCAUUACCAAGCUGUGACUGAACCUGCAAAAAUCCGGAAAUUAGUCUCUCACCUCCACAAGACCACCGGACAAAUUGUGAAAAAUAAGCCACGAGCCCUCGUCAAGAACACCGCUGCUAUAGUAGAGUUAGAGUUCACACGUCCUCUAUGUCUGGAGCUUUUCCGAGACUUUAAGGAAUUAGGACGUUUUAUGCUGCGGACUGGAGGUUCUACUGUAGCUGCUGGACUCGUAACUCAGAUCCUGGAAUAGAUACAAUCAAAGAACGUCAGAGUUUACAACAACAGGCAUUAGUGAUCUUAGAUAUAGGAUGUUACUUGAGGAUCUAUUACUAUAAAACAUCAGUGAAGUCGAAAUACUGUCCUGACUUGUAAUUAGGAACACGUCCAUAACUUUUCACAGCAUAUACUAAAACACAACUCCAUACAACUGGAGUAAUGUGUUGCAUUCACUACACUAAAAAGAUGUGUCCCACGAUUUCAUUGGACUUUCUAUGUUUUGAGUUGGUCACGUUGAGGUGGACAUGACAAAAAAGAAAAUACAGUAUGUUUUAUCCAUAAGACAGGUCUGGUUAGUAAAUCAAUGACGUUUGUUCAGAAAGAAAAUUAAAUUCAAUAACAUUACAGCAGUCUUGGCAGUUUUUACCAGUUGCAUUUAGAAUGUUUUAAAUUAAAUAAAGUUGUGGGGAUAUUUACAACUAUAGAGACUGCAAAAUACCUCGUAAUUCAGGCCGAUAGAUUAUUUUAUUCAGCUUUCCUCUAUUUAUUAUUGUUAUAUUACAGAGAAUUAUAAGUAUUACCUAAAAUAUUUAUUGUAGCUAACUAAACAACUCAAAAAGUCAGUUCAUUGUAAACUUAGAAGCACUGUACUGUGCUACAGGAGUGACCUGAAUGAUAUUAGUGACUGGCAUUGGGAGCUAUGUACUGUACUGUAUAAUAAUAAUGCAGAGGUUUUGUUAAGCAGGUGACGGACUAUACCAACAACCAGCCUCGGUGUUGGUUUGCUUUGUGGGUACAACUGUUCUCUAUCAUUUAGUGUAUUUGGCUGCCUUUUGAAUAUUUAAUUACAUCCAAUAUAUUUAGACAGACAAGAAAACUAAAUACGAGUAUUUUGAAAGUUUAUUUGUCAUUACAUUUGUCCAUCUUUAUUAUAAAAGAUGGUCUGAAUAUCUUUUAUUUAACCCUUUGGACGUGCUGUUUCACUGCAAUCUAAUGAAUCGGGAAUACUAAUACUGUAUAUACAGUGUUCGACUUUUCUCCGUGUCUUUCAACACUCCAUCUUCCACCCGGCAGACAAUGGACCCAGUAACUGUUGCUAUACAGUGACGACCUACCCAUAAACAAUGCCACCACCCACACUGUGAUGCAUUUAUCUCUCUCCUCAGAUUUACAUUGUUUUUAACAUUACAGUAUUUAGGUAUAUGUAAUGGUUAUAAUGUCAAGAUAAGCUUUGUUUGUGUGUGUUAUUUAACAUAAUGCAUAAACAUGUACUGUAUUAUGAUAAUACUGUAUUCUGCAUUUCUGACUUUUCUUUACAAGUUGAUAGUGUGUGGCUUCAUCAUCUACAUAUAAAUCUGGACAUCUAAUUUUGUUCUCCUUAAAUUACCACCAAAUAUUUUUCUUACAUCUCAGUACAGUAUAAAUAAUAUUUGAGGAAUUUUGCCGUUUUGUUUUUUCAUGUGAAGUCAAAGGACGUGGCAAAAUAUAUAUAUAUAUAUAUAUAUAUAUAUAUAUAUUCAGAUGUACUGCACAGUAAUGUAAAGAAAGUUGAUAGAUGUUAUUUAUAAGAAAUAUUAAUGUGAGAUAUAGAAACUUUAUGGUUUUGCCUCGACAAAAAAGUAGUAAAAAGGAACAGUUGGCAUUUUCGUAUUUUAAUGGAAAAUUUACCAAUACAGCUUGGAAACAAAAGACUCGUCCAAAGGGUUAAUAUACCAGUUUGUUAUUGUGUGAUAACAUAGUAACUCUAUAAUGUUGUUAUUGCUCAACAACAAAUUAAUAAAUUAUGAGAGAGUGGUGCACA